ACCGAACACAUGAACCCAGCUCAGGUUACUCCCGAGUAGCAUAGCGGUUGGGUAUCAAUACUUCCGUGGGCGGGCAAAGAUCAUUAGGAGAUCUGCUGUAUCGCCUCGCACAGAUACGCAGGUCCUACCGGCAGGGCUAUCGUUUCGGCUAUCCACGAACAUAGAUAUGAACUCAAUGAGAGCAUAUAUACCCCGCGUUCAAUUGAAUUUGGUUUAACGCCGUGAAACGCUCAAUCAGAAUAGCAACUAUGUCUCAACCCCUCACAUUUCUCGUCGCUUUCUCUGCUGUCGUAGGCACUUCCGAAGCCAUUCGACAGAUUCAGUCGGAUUCCAAGAGAAAGGAACAUCGAAGUCGAAAGAAUAAUCUGAUAGUGCGGUGCCCUAAGUCGUCCCAAUACAGUCCUAUACUGGAAGGGAGACGUGUAGUCCUGUCUGGUGACAAGCUAUACAUUGAUACAGGCACCGACUAUGACCAGGCCUUCGGCCAUCCGUUUGCUGGAUAUUUCCUUCCGUAUCCUGAUUCCAAGUACUCUGGCCUCGUGUCGACGAUCUGCGACGAGCCACCAAUCAUGAAUUGGAUAUAUAUCGAUCGAAAUACAUAUGAGAUCAAGUUCGGCACUCGUCCAUCGGCACAGCCCAAUUGGCCCGGGCCUUUCGAUUGCUCUCGACAAGACCGCAGGUUGACAUUUUCUGGAUGGGAAGGUUUCCUUGCCGUCAAGGAGGGCGACUUUUGGGCAUUGUACUUUGACGUUGACGAGGAUAAUCUGAAGUCAAAAGUAAAGAGUGAUACCCUAGUACUAGAUAUAGAACUCUUACGCGUAGAGAUGCGUGUUAGGCCUUCUAAAAAGGAGGAGCCAUCUGCUGGGGGCUCAGAGGAUACCGAAUCCAAAGAAAACCCUUCAGGGUUGGAUGCAAAGCAGUAUGAGCAAAAGAGUAACGAGAAGGAGGAAGUCACUCAAGAUUUUAACCUGGAGUCGCCAGAUGUGGAUUGA